UAAUGGCAGAGUACGUAACAAGAAUUCCUCCAAAUUAAUACAUUCAUGUUUUAGAUUAAAAUACUAACACUGCAAGGUAAUGAUAUAUCAAUGAAAAUUUUAGAUUAGAAGUUGGUCCUCUUACAUUCAUCAGAAAAGAGCAUGAAAGCAUAAUUGAAGGUCCAAACAAAAUGAUUAGUUUACCACCUAAGACAUAUUGCAAAAUUCAGAAUCCUAUAUAAAGAAAUGAAAAAAAUUAACCUGUUAAAAAUGCUUAUGGGGAAGUGGAAAUUUAGAGAGGAGAAAUAGAAUAUAGAACAGCUGAUGAUUAUCCAGAUCCUUUUUCCUUGUUUCCUGGUAAAUUUUAAACAUAACAACAAUUUAGGUGAAAAGUUAGAUGGCAAAGUAGAAACAUUACUUAUUGUCUAACAGAAUACAGCAUUGAGAUUAGUUGCUCUUAGAGAUUUUGAGGUUGAAGGAAAAAAAAAAUAAGCUGGUGAAGAAUGGUAUUAUUUUCAUUUAAACAUAACUUAGGUAACGCAAUGGUCCAUUCACUUAUUAUCCUAGAGCAGAGGAAUAAAUUGUUGAAGUAGUUAAGGCUGAAGUUAUUAAACCAAAUUAAGCUUUGAAAUUAAAAGCAACUUAAACAUUUAUUGAUAAAAGUGGAAAAGAAAGAAGAGCAGGGUAAAUUAUACUUUUAUAAUUUAUUUAGUUAAGAAUGGCUUAUUAGAACUACAGGAUCUUAUUUGCCUGAUACAUUUGAGAGAGUUUCUGAAGUUGUAAAAGGAGUAGUUCUUACAGAUAAAGUGUGUGUUCAUCUUCGAGCACUUAAUGAAUUUACUGAUGUUUAUGGCAUCAAAAGAAAACCAGGAAAUGAAUGGAUUAUCACUAAUAAAUAAUCUUAAGUUCAUAUUACCGAUGUUUAUGAAUAAUUAGUAGCUGUUGAAUAAGCUAUAACACUUGGUUCAAGGAAUUAUUGUAUUAUUCUUAACCCUUAUAAUCCUAAACUUCAACAGAACGAUUGGGGAAUUUAAGUUUUAAUCAAAGGAGAAACAACUUUCUUUUUAUAACCAGGAGAAGAAUUAUUAGGAGGCAAGAUUGAAGAUGUAAUCACUUUAACUAAAUAUAGAUUGAAAUUUUAGGUGAAGAAGAAGCUCUUUUGGUUUAGGCAAUCUAUGAUCAUUCAGAAGAGGAUGGAUAAUUCAGAAAGGCUGGAUAGAGAUGGAUAGUAAGAGGACCAAGAGAAUAUAUUCCAGGAGUAAAGGUUUAAGUGAUAGAAAAAAGAAGAGCCAUUCCAUUGGAUGCUAAUGAAGGUAUUUAUGUCAGAGACAAUCGUACUGGUGAAGUUAAAGAGUAAUAAUUAUUAAGUUAUUUAUAGAAUCAAAGGUAAAACUUAUCUUUUGGAAGCCCAUGAAUCUUUAUGGGAAAAGCAUUUACCAGAAAAUGUUGAAAUUCUUGUUUAAAGAGCUGCAAGUGGUUAACCAUAUGUACCACCAUAAGUGUCAGCAACUGGAAAAAUGACUUAUAAUUAUGAAUCAGAAUAAUUCAAACCAAGAGACAAAACUAAAAUUAUUUCAUUCAAAGCACCUCAUAAUUCAGCUAUUUAAUUAUAUGAUUACAAACUUAAAAAAUCAAGAGUUGUUUUUGGACCAGAUCUUGUGAUGCUUGGACCUGAUGAAUAAUUCACAGUCAUUAAAUUAUCAGGUGGUAAACCUAAAGUUGAAAACCUUAUUCAAACUUUAACUUUAAGUUUAGGUCCAGAUUUUAUGACUGAUUAAUUAAUUGUUGAAACAAGUGAUCAUGCUAAAUUAAAAUUAACACUCAGUUAUAAUUGGCACUUUAAAGUUAAUAAGGAUGAUCCUAGUGAUGCAUAAAAAUUAUUUGCAGUAAAAGAUUUUGUUGGUGAUGCCUGCAAAUCUAUUGCUUCUAGAGUCAGAGGAGCUGUUUCCUCCAUAACAUUUGAAGAUUUCCAUAACAAUUCCAGUAUGAAAAUUAGAGAAGCUGUUUUUGGAAAAGAUGGAAAUGAAAUCAGAUCUUAAUUCAUUUUUGAAGCCAACAAUCUAGUCAUUACAUCUGUUGAUAUAUAAGGUUAAGAAAUUACAGAUGAGGCAACAAGAAGACAAUUAAGUCAGAGUAUCAAUUUGGCUAUUGAAAUCAGUUCAAAAAGUCAAGAAAUGUAAUCUAGACAUUAAGCAUCAAAAUUAGAAUAAGAAGCUAAAGGAUAAUUAGCUAGAUAAAAGCUCCUUGAUUAAGCUAAAGCAGAAGAAACUAAAAUAGAAUUAUUAAAACAACAAGCUUAAAGUGCUAAGGUUAGAGCAGAAGGAGAAGCUGUUGCCAGAGCCAUAGCUGAAACUAUGGAAAAGAAGAUCAAAGCUGAAGCAGAAGUUAAUCAAGCUGAAUUGAGAUCUAAGGCCUUAUAGAUUGAAUAAGAAGCUUUAUUAGAAUAACAAAGUCAAGAACAAGAGGCAGAAUUAAAUUAUCAAAGAGUAUACAUAUAAAUAAUAUAAUUAGUAACUUAUUGAAUUAGAAAUCAAAAAAGCAAAAGAAUUAUCAGAUAUUGAAAUAAAGAAAUUCAAACAAUAAAUUUAAGCUAUUGGAAAAGAAACUAUCAUAGCUAUGGCUAAAGCUGGACCAGAAACUAAAGCUAAAUUAUUAGGAGGUUUAGGACUUAAAGGAUUCUUGGUUACUGAUGGCAAAAAUCCAAUUAACCUUUUUAAUACAGCCAAUGGAUUUAUUGGAGAAAAUCUUAAAUGAU